AUGAUCAUAAUAUUUCCCCCCCCAGAUAUUAAUUUAUCCGUGUACACGGUAACAUCAAAAAGUUUGACGGUCCAGUGGAGUAGCUUCGCUGGUGCCAGCUCAUACAAGAUCACAGCAACACCGAAAAAUUCGCCUGAACCAUCUACCUUCGCCCAGUUCAGUGGAAAUUUAGUGAUGGGCUCCGUGAACUCGCUGUCCCCGAAUACCAUUUACAUUGUGGGCGUGGAAGCCAUGGAUAACACCUAUAAUGUCCUGAGUAGCGCGGAAAUUGAAGAGAUCACAGCUCCUGAGGUGCCAACAAUUGAGCAGGCCUAUUCGAAGCAAAGCGACAGUAUCACCGUUGAGUUCAGCGCAGUCCCCGGGGCCAGCUCUUACAUUUUGCGGGCGGAGUCUAAAACCGGAGAUUUCUUCUCUGAGACUCCAGUGUCUGCUUCCCCCGGAACGGUGCUCCACCUCCGACCCUACACAGACUACACCCUCAGCGUCAUGUCAGUCAACAGCGGAGGAAGGAGCCAGCCGUCUCUGCCGGUGGAAGUAAAGACAGUUGUGGCUGCUCCAGAACUCAACUCCACCUCUCCCAGCAACAGCACCAUCUUCCUGACCUGGGAUCAGGUGGAGCAUGCAGUAUUGUACACACUGUGCAUCAUCAUGGAAGGGUCUGACACUCGGGUCAAGCUCAACACCACUGAAACCUCUGUGGCCUUCAAUGAUCUGGAGCCGGGCACAACCUACUGCAUUAAGGGCAAUGCCUGGGACCCCCAGAGUAUCCCAGGAGACGACUUCACCGUCUGUCAGAUCACUCGUCCCCCCACGCCUAGCUCCAUCCAGGUGAUGUUCUCUACGGACAGCUCUCACGACAUGACUGUGCAUUGGGACACCGUGCGUGGAGCGGACCGUUACCUCGCCCUCAGUUCCACUGGCCAAAACUGCACCUCCUCCGACAGCCACUGCGUCAUCACCCCCCUCAGCUGUGGCCAGAACCAUUCCGUCUCUGUGACUGCCAUGAAUCAGGCAGGGCCCUGUGCCCCCUCGGAGCCUGAGGCCUUCCUCACCUACCCAUGUCCUCCGGAGCCAAUCUGGGUGGAGGAGCCGGUGCCAGGGAACUGCACAGUGCUGUGGAGAGAGGUCCCCUGGGCGGACUACUACAAGGCCUUUGUAAAGAGGGACGACGGCAGCGAAGAGCUGUGCAACACCACCGGCAACACCUGCAACUACCACUGUGACUGCGGCUACACCUAUUUCAUGACUGUCUUUGCCUACAACAGAGCCGGCUCCAGCCCACCUGGACGCGUGCUCAACUACACGACCAUCCCUUGUUGUCCAGAGGAUGUGUCCAUAUCGUUGGUGUCCACUGAAACCCUGGAGAUCAUGUGGUCGCCUGUGCGAGGCGCCGAGGUGUAUGAGACCAAGGCAGCCGGCUCGUCUGACCUCAUCCACUGCAACGACACGGCCCCUGUGUGUGCCCUCUCUGACCUCAACUGCAACACCAAGUACAGCGUGGUGGUCAGGCCCUGCAGCGAACUGCGAGGCUGCAACAACACCUGCAGGCCCCACACAGAAGAGACAGCUCCCUGCUCGCCAGAGAUCCUUGGCAUCACUCAGACCAAUGCCUCCGCUGUCCUCAUCUCCUGGAGAGCCAGCAACAGAGAGGCCAACUACACAGUCAGCGUGGUGGGCGAGAGGGACUCCCACACCUGUCAGUCCACCGGGACUUCCUGUGAAGUCCCCCACCUGCCAUGUGGCUCCAUCUAUGAGGUCAGCGCUGUCGCCAGCACUUCGGUGGGGCUGAGUUUACCCAGCUACGUCGUACCCCUGGAGACAGGACCCUGUUGCCCACAGAAUUUGACGGUGACACAAGUGACCCAGGCCAUGACGAACGUCACCUGGUCGGCAGCCACCGGAGCACAGUCAUACAUCACCUCCUUGACGUCACCCCGGGGACAUGCUAAGUGCCACACACUUGACACACACUGCCUGAUGGGAUGCAUCACCUGUGGCACUAACUACACCGUGUCACUGGAAGCCAUCAGCAGCACGGGGCAUAAAUCUGAGUGCACCUACCAUGGUUUCUCUUCCAGUGCCUGUUGCCCGCUGAGUGUCAAGCUGUACUGGAUGACCAACAACACAAUCCGAGUGUACUGGCGCUCCUCUGGAGGCCUCAACAACUACACCGCCGACCUAUAUGGUGCCAACUCCAACUACACCUGCACACCUCUGCCAGGCAGUAACUCCUGUGAUGUGUCUGACAUUGUGUGCGGGGAUGUCUACACAGUUGUGGUAGCCCCGCUGUCACAGGACGGCACCAAAAUCAAGUUCUGUCCCAAAAGGAUGUAUUCUGUUUCCUGUUCUGGAAGCAAUGUUGGAAUGGUGAUCUAUCGAGGAAAGAGGAGUGUCGAUUAG